UAGAAUCUCCUUUUAACCAUUUUGAAAUUCUUUUAAGAUUAAAUUGAUAAUCUCUUUCAUUUAAAAGUGAACCUAAAUUCUCUCUUUCUGUGACUAGACUUAAAGAAUGAAGUACUCUUCCUCUUCUUCUCCUCCUUCUUCCUCUCUUUUCUUGUAUAACAAAAAGGACGGAUGCAUCAGCAUGGGGAAGAAUAAGAUAGUUCCUUUCUUGUUAUCUUCUUUAGGUUUAACCACCAUUUUCAGUUUGUUCCUUCUUUAUUCUCCAAGCCCUUUUAAGAUUAUUCCUAAACAUGAUGAUCACCAUAACCAAAAGCUCCAUUUGAUCAAUCUAAAAGAGGAGGAAGAGAAUUGUGACUUGUUUAAAGGUAAGUGGAUACCUGACCUUAGAGGGUCUUUGUAUACAAAUUCAAGUUGUUCAACAAUUCCAAGUUCAAAGAAUUGCUUUAGAAAUGGCAGAAAGGACAUAGAUUUCCUGAAUUGGAGAUGGAAACCAGAGAAAUGCGACGUUCCAAGGUUUGAUCCAAAGGGUUUUCUGGACAUUGUUAGAGGGAAAACAUUGGCAUUCAUUGGUGACUCAGUUGCCAGAAACCAUAUGGAAUCACUUCUUUGUCUCCUAUCACAGGAAGAAGUUCCAAUAGAUGCAUACAAGGACAAUGAAGACAGGAACAGAAUAUGGCAUUUUACUGCCCAUGACUUCACCCUGAAAAUCCUCUGGACUAAAUUUCUAGUAACCGGAGAAGAAAGAAUGAUCAACGGAACUUCCUCCGGCGUUUUCGACUUGUACUUAGACAAGAUCGACAAUAAUUGGGCAAAGGACAUACGCGCUCUAGAUUAUAUUAUAAUUUCUAACGGACAUUGGUUUUUCAGGCCAUUAUACUUACAUGAAGGUUCAGAUAUAAUAGCAUGUGUAUAUUGCAACGAACCAAACAUUACAGAUAAAGGAGUCAAUUUUGCUAUUAGUAUGGCAUUUAGAACUGCAUUAAGUCACAUUAACAACUGCAAAAGAUGUAAAAGGAGCAUGGUGACCUUAUUAAGGACAUUUUCACCAUCCCAUUUUGAGAAUGGGUUUUGGAACACCGGAGGUGGCUGCAAUAGAACAACUCCUUUCAGCGAAAGGGAGAUCGAUUAUGGAACUCGUGAAUGGGAGAUAAGAAACAUGCAAGUAGAGGAGAUCAAAAGGGUGAACAAAGGAAGAAGACGAGCGAACAGGUUUAGUGUUAUGGACGUAACCGGAGCUAUGCUUAUGAGACCUGAUGGGCAUCCAGGAGCUUUCUGGGGUAAUAAAUGGAUGAAAGGGUAUAACGAUUGUGUUCAUUGGUGCUUGCCUGGUCCUAUUGAUUUGUGGAAUGAUUUGUUGCUUGCUGUCCUUAGGAGGCUAAGUUGAUAUUAUCAAGAGGGAGAGCGAUUAGGUAGAAAGAGUAUACAGGUUUUUUAUAUACUAGUAAUAAAUGUCCAAUUUUUUUCUUUGGACAUAAUUCUUAGCUGGAAAGUACAAGAAUUACAAUGGAUACAGAAAUAAAUAUCAUGUUAAGAUUCA